UUAACAUAAGUACCUAUAUGUAUAUGUAUGUAUAUCUAAAUAUAUCUAUAACAUAUAUCAUUUAUGUAUAUUAAGAUAUAAGGAACUUUUAACAGCCGUAAGAACUUCGAGGAACUGGAAACAUUUCGGAAAUUGUAUAUUGUGAAUAUCAACUCAAAACAUCAACGGAUUAAAACGCGUGGAUAUCUCAGGGGAUUUUAAUCUUUAUAAUUGUCUAUUUUCAAAAAGACAUCAUUUUGUUUUAAUUUAAAAAAAAAAUUAUUAUUUACCUCUGUGAAAUUAUUAUCCGAACACAGAACACUACUUUUUGCACCAGUCUCUAAGAAACAGCUAUAUAUAGAAGGUAAAGUUAAAAUGAAAACCAUCCACCUACAAAAUCAAGAUUUGCAAUCCAUACAUUUACGUCAAUUUAUUUUACCUGGGUAAUGAUAUAUUAUUAUAUGUAAUUGAACAAAUAAUCCAGACGGUGGGUGUUGGCUUUUCUUUCAAACGAUCCUUUAUAAAUAUAAAGUAAUAUUAUCGAGUGUUUAACUGAGAAAAAAGAAAAAUAUCAACUAGAAAGCAACAGCAACAAACUUUAAAUGCAACGACAGACAGCUGACCAUUUUGGUUGCUUUUCUUAUGUUUUGAGUUCAAAUCCUGUUGUAGUGAAUGAAACAAAACAAAAUAAUAAAUACCAACAAGAUAAUGCAGUCGUUUUAGUUGACUUGUAAUAAACGCCCCUUUUAUUACCAAAAAACAAAACAAAAAGAAAAGACAGAGAAACAAAAAGCUGGCUUUUUGCCACAAUAAGAAGUCCUUACCAUAUCUCUGCAUUUUAAAAACUUUUUGGUGGAUCACACAUGCGAGCCAUAAGGAAAAUGUCCACAGCAGAAUAAACCGUGGAGGGUGCUUCCUCGGACCGUAGUGAAGCUCUCCUGAGCACUGGAGUGCUUUCAUCUCUCAAAAUGCCUAUUUACACGACGAGUAACUUGGCAAAACAACUGCGUGAAAAUUGGUUAUCCAAAUACCCGUCUGACACCUACAAUACCGGCUCAAUUAAUUUGGACGAUAGUCUCACCAGUCUGAACUGGCUUCAGAACUUAAAGAUUCUUCGGGUACCAAAUCCGUCGCCGUCUCCAAACUGCGAAUCAGCGCGGGUUUUGACAACAUCGAUGGGACGUAGAGGAGGGGUAUCGGAAGAAGCUGACGACAACGGAGUUUUACGGGUUGUUCAAGAUGAUGGAGAAUCGGACUCUAGAUUAAAAUACAGCCAUUUUAUGUAUCUAAACAAUUCCAAAAAUACAAAUAAGCAUCAGACAAUUGAUUAUAAAACAAACUCUUGUGUAAAACCUCCAUUUUCCUAUGCUGCCCUAAUAUGUAUGGCAAUGAAAGCAAGUCCGUCAAACAAAAUGACUCUAUCUGCGAUAUAUUCCUGGAUUACAGACAAUUUUGUUUACUAUCGGAUGGCUGAUCCAAGUUGGCAAAAUUCUAUACGUCACAAUUUGUCUUUGAAUAAAUGUUUCCAAAAAGUUCCUCGGAGAAAAGAUGAACCUGGUAAAGGAGGUUUCUGGAAGGUGAAUCCUGAAUAUAUUGACCAGAUAGAAAAUGGUAUAUUGAAGAAAAGAAAGCACAAUGAUCUUAACUACACACCCUUGAAGCGAAGUCGGUCAGACAUUAGCUGUCAAUCAGACAGUUUGAAUUCCCAAUCAGGACCUGAUUGGGAAGGCAACAAAGCUGCAGAAAUGCUGUCAAAUGUCAUUCACCUGCCUCCCACUGAUGAAGUGAGUAAUGACUUUAACCUGAACUUCCUGUUUGACCAAGACAUCACGGUUGGCGAUGUGAAAGUGAAAACAGAAGCAAUUAUUGACGAAGUAGAUUAUGGUUCUUUGAUGGCGCUUAGUCCUCCAGAUUCUGAUGGAUCCAACGCUGACGAUAUCAGCAUGGACAAUUUUUUCUGUAGCAAUAUAUUAAACAAGCCUGUAAAUUCUUCCAUGAAUGGUCGGGGGCAUUCACUGGAUGGUUCUCUAACUAAUAACCCCCUCGAUUUAACUGUAAAAGGUACUGGUAUCAAACAUUGGUGGGCUGGGAAUGACAUGUGUAGCAACAGCUUCAAUCUUAGUGCUGAGACUCGAGACUUUCUUAACAGCACUAUAUUCACUAUAUGUGACAGUGCUGAUGGACUGAACACACCUGAAUCAAGUUCACCUUUACCUGAGAAUCCCCACCCUUGGGCAGAAUCUCGAACCCAUUCUGACGAUAUGACAGCAACUUUUGAUAUUGAUACAAUAAUGUAAACCAGACAAAAAAGAAUGGUAACUGAGUGUGACAUAUAACAACAUCAUCUUGGAAAAUGGUUCACAAAAAGAUCAGUAAAAUUUAAACACCAAAAAGUUAUUUGGUUUCUAAUUCUACGAUACUUCUACUAACAUUAAACACCUUCUAAACAUAUCUUUCUAAUCUUAAUAAUUUCUUGGUGAUAUAUUACUACUUUUUGUUUGCCUUUCCAAUCUCCUCUCAGAUUCAUACAUCCUGCAGUAACCUAAAAAGCAGCAUUUUGGCUUGGUUUGGUAGUUUGUUUGUUUGUUUUGUUUUGUUUUAUUUUACAACAAAAAAAAGAAAAGAAAAAAAGAGAUAAAACAGAGCAACACAAAAAUAACAAAAUAUAUAAAAUGAGAUAAAAAUAUUGUACCACUGGUCAAUGUUGAAAAAUUUUAAGAUGCUAUAUUUUAUUUUAAUUUAGUCCCUCCCACCCAUUUUUUUCUUUUUCUUAUGUGAACAAUCACUUGGUAACUAGGACUUAAUGAACCAUUAAUGAUUUUGGUCUCCUGAAGUUGCUGUAGAGGAUCGACUGAUAUCUUAACAAUGGGCGGAGUUUGUUUUUCCAUUUGCUGUCAUAGAUAUGAACUUCAAUAAAGUGUAUUCUCCAUUAUUACCUUUAAAUUCUAACACAAUGAACUUUCUACCCAAUUGUUGUCAACUACAUCUUCCUUCAGCUCAUUACAACAAAGCAUCAGAUUUCUAAGAAGAUAAUUUAGCCAUGUGGUAGGUUUUCAGUUUUCAUGUUUUGAAAAUCUAUUGAAAAAAAAAAUAAUAAAAAUU